CAAGUAUACAAGACACAAGAAGAAGAAGAAGAGAAACAUCUGGUUACCUCAGGCGAGUGGCGCUUAAAACCUCUCCUUUUGAAUCUUGAAUACCACAAUACCGCCAGGAUAGACAACGUAUAAUGAGUUCCAGUACGAGUAGCAGCUGAUGAAGCAUUAAGUGACAGCAUAUUUAAAAGCUUGAGUCCUAAAGAUGCAAGUGGAUGAGCAGCUUUUAUGGCUCCUCAGUGCACUCAGACUUGCACAGGGUUCUGAUGGAAUAAACAGAGAUAAAUUAAUUCAGAAUGUAAACAAUUGUUUCCUGCGUGUCAAGAAGGACAGGAAGGCCAUCAGUGUUCCAGCAAGCCAAGCAUCAGAAGAAAUACAACACUUUCAAGUGAAGGCAUCUGUGCUCUUAUUGUUGUGCUUACCAAAAAUCCGAGAGCUUUCAGGUGUUGAAAAUUGUGAGGAUUUUCAGUCAUUGUUUUCAUCUUUGCCAGAUCUCUCAGAUUCUGUUUUCUUCACAGUGGUUCGCACACAAAAGAUUUAUUUUGUUCUUUCCCCACUUCUGUCUUGGCUCCCACCCCACAUAGUCCAAACAUUGAUGAAAGAAUAUUUUCAGUACACACAUGAAGUUACCCCUGUAACACUGGCUAUUUCAGUAGAACUUCUGAAGUCAUUGCUUUUCAGUCAGCAGUAUAGGCGUGCACAUCAGAAUGGUUCACAGAAUAAUACUGAAUGCCUUCAGCUGUUGGUGAAAUUCUUUUUCUCAAAAAAUGUAUCAAGUAAAACUCCAUCCUUGAUCAAGUUUAGUGGUUAUUAUUUUCUGUAUAUGUUUGAGUGUUUAUAUUUACUCUUGGCUGCUUAUGUAGGCUAUGAAAUUAGGGACCCAAACACAUUUUCAUGUGUAGAAACUUGGACCAAAUUAUGGAAAACAAAUAACAAAUCAGCUGAAAUAAUUUCGCUCCCAUACACCAAAGAAGCUUUAAUGUCAAUGCUAACGCUGUGUCAGAACAACAGUAGAGAAGUAACUGUUACCUUGUGGAUGGAAUGGAGUGAACAAAUGCUGCCACAAAAUGCCACGUUUUGUUCAACACCAUCAACACGCCAGCCUGGAAAAACACAAGCAAAGAGUAUUCAGAUGGUUACUUGUCAUAUUGCCUUUCUUAUACUAAGAUUAUUGGAAGCUCACUCACAGUUAGAAGAGCACUUGGCUGUAAGUGAAUACCAUGAACUGCUACAAUUCCUCCAGCAAACAGCAGUGGAUCCUGAUUAUGAUCCUGAUAAAGAUUUAACUCUUGAACAACUCAUGAAGGAAAUAAGUGCCAAAGAUGAUAGACAAGAGAAACUACUGGGCAUCCUUGUCCAGAGAGAAGGUGUUAUUGCUAGCAGUGAUGCCUCCAGAUGCUUGAAAGAGCAUGUUGCUGUGUUUGAUAACCAAAUGAAGAUGGAACUCUUACAGAAUUGCAUUAAAUGGCUCAAAACAAAUGAGCUGCACAUCCCUGAGUCUAUAAAUGUGGUGCUGGAUUUGGCUGCAGACCUGAACCCAGAGCAGAUGAAGCCAAUUAUUGAAGGCAGCCUGUCUGCAGGUCUUGAUGACACCUUGAAAACUCCAUCAUUUAAAACACAAUUAACAUCUGUUUUCAACCAGCUAGCUGAUGAAAAUACUGCUGAGCCUUCAGGAAGGCACGUGUGGCUGUGCCUCCAAUCAGGGCGAGAUGUGGUGCAAGAAGCUGUGAGGCUGGCUGUCAGCAUGACUGGUCUGGUGCCAGUCAUGGCUCAAGUUUUGGCAGAUAUUCCACAAGUGUGUCAGGCCAAGCUGCCUUCAGGUAACUCUCUUUUGGCAUUCACAUUGGAAGAGUGGCAAACCUCAGAGCUUUGUGACAGAGAAGAGCAAGAGUUUAUUGGUUUAGUAAAAAAAUUGUUGAGUGUGAAGAGACUCUUGGACAAAGAGGAGGUCCUGCAGUUAAUGGUGAAGCCUUUCAUGGUGAUAGAAUGUAGUGCAAAUCUUGGGAAACUGAUUUUGCCUCUUGAAUUACUGAAGGAGAUUAUGGAGCUUGAUGCUAGUGUGGUGGUGAGGCCUGGGCCAGAAGUGGUGAGUGUGAUAGUGGCACUCCUCCACAUGAUGGAUGCCACUUUGUGCCUGGAAGGUCAGGGAGCAAGUACAUGUCUUACUGUUAGGUGCCUGGCCUCCACAAUCCUGUUUGGGAUUACCAGUGACAUGACCAUCAACCAGAAGAAAUUUGAAAAAGAAAUCACCUUACUCAAACAAAUAGUGUGCCAGCACAACCUGCAUCCAUGGAGUAUUAUGCACAUCUCACAAGUGGUGAGUGCUGAGCUCAAGAAAGAGUGUGGUGUUGAUUUGCUGCUGCAGGCACUGGUGAAAGUAUGCCAUAACCCAUCACAGGGUGAUCCUCAUGACCCAGUGCCGUGUGCCUCACUAGAUUGUGCAGUACUUCCGAAAAUGUCAAAGUCAGAAUGGAUUAUCACUCUCCUCCAGGUUCUUCCACACUGCAAUGAAAGUGAAUGGACAUCAGCAUUCUUUAUAACUGAAUAUGCACUGGAAUAUCAUAAUACUGUGUUUCCAGUACUUGAAGUAUUUCAGGAGGCCUUGCAUCUGAUGUGCGAGUCCCUUGCCCCCACAUCAACUCACCAUCAAGAGCCACACAGCCUUCCUCCACCUGUGUCCCUCCACCACUGCUUCACUUUUUUUACUUCUGCUUCCAUGAUCUACCUCAAGGAAAAUUUUCAAGCACUGGAUUUCAGGGAAAGAUUUUUAAAUCUUGCAGACAUUUUUCAAUGGUGGUGCUGUACUGUGCCUUCCUUUUGCUGCAACCCAGAGUUGCCCUCCAUAUUCUUAGCACGGCUAUGUGGGGCACUGGAGGAGAUAAUUGUCAGUGGCAAACUGAAAAUACAACCUGAGGGACACACAAAGACAGGCAGUGUUUGUGGUGCCACAAGUGGAGGUGUAAGUGUGAGGGAAGCUGAAUCAUUGCCAAAGAAGUGCAUGAAUAAAAUAAAUAUUGAAAUAAGUGAGAAAAAAGAAAAGCAACAUGAAGAAAUUAAUAUUUGUAACAAACAAAGUGAGUGGUUAGAUACCUUAGGAAUGGAUAUCCAGAAAAAAAUUGAGGAAAUUGCUUUUUUCAUGGUUGAAUAUGUUCCAUUCAGUAAUUUACUUGCUUCUGUUGCAAGCAAACUCAAAAAGUUGUAUGAUGUCUAGAGAGUCACAUUAUCUUUGUAUAAAUACUUAUCUAAUAAACAAAGUGAU